AUAGACGCGAACGCAGCGCUAGGCAAAUACACUCGCAGGUGGGAAGAGGAAGCGCGUUGUUGACAGGUGGACGGAGAUAUUUGCCCGACACACUGAGUAGAGAUGGAUUUAAAGAAAACGGUGCUGUGCGAAAGCCUGAUUAUUUGGCUGCAGACAUUCAAAACCGCAGCGCCCUGUAAGACUGUGGAGGAUCUGACCUCAGGAGCAGCCAUGUCUCAGGCUUUGCAUCAGAUAGAUCCUUCGUGGUUCAGUGAGAGCUGGCUGACCCGCAUUAAAGAGGAUGUUGGAGAUAAUGUGAGACUCAAGAUGAACAACCUCAAAAAGAUCCUGCAGAUGAUUGUUGACUAUUAUAAUGAGGUUUUGGCUCAGCAGAUGUCAGAUUUCCCUCUGCCUGAUCUGUUGCGGGUAGUAGAGCAGUCAGAUCAGGUUGAGUUGGGACGCCUCCUGCAGCUCAUCCUCGGCUGUGCAGUCAAAUGCGACAGGAAACAAGAAUAUAUCCAGAUAAUUAUGACCUUGGAGGAAUCUGUACAGCAUGUGGUGAUGACUGCCAUUCAGGAGCUUAUGAGCAAGGAGUCUGUGACUCAGUUAGGAGCAGAACCUACUGGAGACACUGAUCAGCAAUUAAAGAAAGCCUUGGAGGAUCUGACUGAAGUCAUGGCAGAGAAAGAGGAGUUAGCACAGCGCUGUCAGGAGCUCGACAUGCAGGUGACAGUGCUGCAGGAGGAAAGGAACAGCCUCCUGGCGGAAAAUGACCUCUUGACCGAUCGAUCAAGUCAGCUUGAUACUUUCGAUGACCCCAGUACUCCAUCAGGCCGGAAGCACAGCCAGUUACAGUUCCAAUUGGAGCAGCUUCAGGAGGAGAAUUUCAGACUGGAGGCAGCUAAAGAUGAUUACCGCAUCCACUGUGAAGAGCUGGAGAAACAACUGGUGGAACUUCAGCAUCGUAAUGACGAACUGACCAGCCUGGCGGAGGAGUCGCGCUCACUUAAAGAUGAGUUAGACAUAUUAAGGAGCUGCUCUGACCGGGCAGUGAAGCUCGAGGCCUCUGUUGAGACGUAUAGAAAGAAGUUGGAAGAUCUAAGUGACCUCAGACGACAAAUGAAAGCUCUAGAGGAGAAGAAUAUGACUUACAUGCACAACACGGUCAGCCUUGAAGAGGAGCUGCGCAAGGCCAAUGCUGCAAGAGCUCAGUUAGAGACAUACAAGAGACAGGUUCAGGAGCUUCACAAGAAAUUGUCUGAUGAAUCACGAAGGGCUGAUAACCUGGUCUUCGAGAUGAAGAAAUUACAGGAGAAAUAUGACGCCAUAGUGAAGGAGAGAGAGAGGAUCAGCAUUGAACGGGACACUCUCAGAGAGACCAAUGAAGAGCUGCGAUGCACACAGGCCCAACAGGACCAACUACUUCUGGCAGGAAAGUAUCAAACAGGAAGUCCAAGCCAUGAUAACCUUGCAGCUGAGAUGUUGCCCAUUGAGUACAGAGAGAAGUUCAUCCGCCUGCAGCAUGAGAACAAGAUGUUGCGUCUGCAGCAGGAGGAGACGGAGAAACAGCGAAUUACUGAGCUACAGCAGCAGCUGGAGGAGGCCCGACGUGGACGCAGCCAACUGGACACUGACAACAGGUUAAACAGAGAAAGGAUCAGUGAACUCCAGCAGCAGGUUGAGGAUCUGCAGAAAGCUUUGCAGACACAGGGAGCCAAACCUGAAGAUUCACAUUUGAAGAGGAAGCUGGAUGCUCAUAUGGUGCAGCUGAAUGAGGCACAGGAUGAAAUCAUGAAGAAGAAAGAGCUGCUGGAAGACCUUCAGCCAGACGCUACUCAAACCAGUGUGAAGAUGGAUGAGCUGAUGGCGGCCUUGAAGAAGAAAGAUGAAGACAUGAGGGCGAUGGAGGAUCGAUACAAGAUGUACCUGGAGAAAGCUCGUGAUGUGAUUCGAGCUCUGGAUCCCAAGCUAAACCCAGCCUCAGCGGAGAUUCAGUCCCUGAAAGUGCAGCUCUCAGACAAAGACAAGAAGAUCAUUGCUCUGGAGCGAGAGUGCGAGCAGGCCAAACUGAGGGAAUAUGAGGAGAAGUUAAUUGUGACAGCUUGGUAUAAUAAGAGUUUGAAUUUCCAGAAGAUGGCAAUCGAGUCACGACUCAGCGGGCGAGCCAACUCUCUCGUGCCACCCGGUCAGUCUUUCCUGGCUCAGCAGCGUCAGGUGACCAACGCCCGGCGCACCAUGUCCAUCAAUGUGCCUGCCUCUUCUUCCAAAUAACCCUGUGCUUCAGUUCUUCCCAGCUUCCUCUCUCCUCCUCUCCUUCUCCUGCACACUAAAGUGACCUUAAAUACACUUCUGAACAAGGGGACAAGCAUGCCAUGAUGAACAUUAGCAUGUCUCCAUCCGCUCACACACAUGUAUAAUAAUGUACAUAAGGGUUGAAGAAAGUGACUCAAUCAGCACACAAUGAUGUACAGUAGCAGCUUUUUCACUUUCAGUACUAAACAAACACCAGUAACAGUCUGCAGCAGGGUCAACUCUGAACUAGCAUCGAAUGCUGAAGAGAGAGUUCACCCAAAAAUGAACAUUCGGUCAUCAUUUACUGACCCUUCAGGUGGUUCCAAACCUAAGUUUCUUUCCUCUGUUGAACACAAAAAAAAUGUCCCUCUAUGGAAGUCAGUGGCUUCCACAUUUUCAGCAUUCUGCAAAAUAUCUUGUUUUGUUUUGAAUGGAGGGAAAAUGACAUUCUAACAAGUUUGAAAACACUUAAAGGUGAUUUAAUUGUGACAACAUUUUCAUUUUUGGAUGAACUAUUUCUUUAAAGGUCAAUCUUUUCGCCGAACGAAAUGCAUUUAAUGCAUCCUGUAUGGUAGCAUGCAUGCUUUUGCUUAAAAAUGACUUCCAACAAUACACUAUGCAGGCAGAAAUAUAUUUGUAAUCACUCAAGUACAAUAUACGGUAUGAAACACUGAAAGCAUACAGUAUGCAGACUACAUUUUGCUCUAACCAAUCAAAUUCAAUCCAUAAAUCAGAGUGAAUAUUUGGUGCUGGACACCAGAUUUCUUAGUUUCAUCACUUUCUCAAAAAACAACAUGCAUUUAAACUAUAUUAAUAGACACGGGGUCGAACACCGAAAAAUGGAAAGUUUGGUGUUUAUUUCCUUAUGUUCCAGACAUCCAAGAUGUAAGUAGACUUUAUUCUUCAGGCAAACAUUAAAAAAGCUGAAAACCAGUCAUUGGUGAUGCAUAAAAUACCACUCAUCGGCUUCCAGCUAUUUUUAGAGUAAAACAAAAAUAAGAUUAAACAAAGUGAAUACCUGAGGACCCUGACGAAAUGCUAUAGUCUUAUUAAUCAUAAUGAUCAGUCUUUAAACGGGAAGUUGGCUCUUGUUUAAAACAUUAUUAAUUAAUGUUUAAAAUUAAUUAACAAACUCUUCCUUAAAAAGUCAAUCUUUUCAACUGAGAUCACAUACACAAAUAUUCCUUUUUAAAUAGGUUAAACCAGUGUUUCCCAACCCUGUUCUUGAAGGCACACCAACGGUACACAUUUUCAACCUCUCCCUAAUCAAACACACCUGAAUCAACUUAUCAUAACACCAGAAGAGACUCCAACACCUGAAGUUAAUGGGUCAGAUGAGGGAGACAUCCAAAAUAUGUACUGUUGGUGUGCCUCCAGGAACAGGGUUGGGAAACACUGGGUUAAACCAUCCAGGAAAAAGUCCAAGUACAAUUUUGAUGAGCGGUGAUGCUUAUAAAUAGUGUUUAGUUUCUUGCACCGACCAAUCAGAGCCAAGGGGAUUAUUUUGUUUUGCCUGUAUGUUGUUGUUUUUUUACUGUCAAAGUGCCUAUAGUGGCUUUGACUUAAAUUGUAUGAAUCGACCGUUUCAUCUAAUAUCUAUUCAAAUAUUCUCCUGAAGAGAAAAACUUAUAUCUGCAAAUGCACUGAGAAUGAGUAAAUAAAUAGAACAUUUUCAUUUUCGGGUGAACAGUCUCUUAUAAAUCCCAAUCCAGGUACUUCAUUCAGACGGUUUUGGUAUUUUAUAUUCAGUUGACUGUGACUCUUGCAUGCUCUUUUAACAAGCAGAAGGGCCUUUUUUAUUGACAUUUAAUAUCUCCUGUAUGUGUGAAGACAACAAAUAUCAGGAUUAAACACCAGCACAGAAUUAUAACAGGCCAUAGUGAACGGCUUUGAAUGUCUUGUACGGCACUCUUUCGGAAAACAUACUCACGUGACUUGUGAACCAUAGCGCUGCAUUGUGAAUUAGCUUUUGCUUUAUUGUGGAAAUAUGAGCUGUAUGCUAAUAGGCUAGCUGUCGCGUUUUGAAUAAGACACAAUCUAUUUAUGUUGGGACAUAAUAUUAUAAUUCAGUUUUAAAUGAUAAAAGUUAAUCACUUCUGAUUUGUCUUUCUGGUGUUUUAUUCAGCUAGGCUUAUUAUGGCCUGCGAUGGAUAUAAACGCCAAUGUCUUUUUGAAAUGCUAAUAUUUAUGUAUGUGUUCCAAGGAAGAACCUUGAUUUGUGUACUCAAUUUUAUGAGCACCGUCAUUGUUUGUGAGAAAUGAUAAAUAAUGAGAUUGGAUUCAUUUGGAAUUAGAGUAAUAUUUGGGUUAGGGAGCCCUGACAGCCUUCAUUUACAUGUUACGAAUAAACUAAUGUUUUGCAAAA